CCAUAACAACUCGUGGAAUUGAAAGAGAGAUAAUUAGAGGGGUUUUCUCUUUGAGAGAAUCGUAUCUUACAACUUUUCGUGACCACUUUUAGUGAGGGAAGAGAAGCUAAGAGAGAGACUCCAAUUAGAUUCAAGAGAGAUGGCCAUCAGCCAUGAAACUUGGGCUUUCAUUUUCGGUCUUCUAGGCAACGUGAUCUCCUUUAUGGUGUUCCUUGCUCCAUUACCAACUUUUUACCAAAUCUACAAGAAAAAAUCAUCCGAAGGGUUUCAAUCACUACCUUAUGUUGUUGCACUGUUCAGUUCAAUGCUCUGGAUCUAUUACGCACUUGUGAAAAAGGAUGCUAGCCUCCUUCUAAUUACUAUUAACUCCUUUGGGUGUGUGAUAGAGACAAUUUACCUUGCAAUCUUCCUUGUUUACGCCCCAAGCAAAACCAGGCUUUGGACCAUCAAGCUUCUUCUCAUGUUGAAUGUUUUUGGGUUUGGAGGGAUGCUUCUUUCAACACUAUACCUUACGACGGGUUCCAAACGUCUUUCUGUGAUAGGAUGGAUUUGCCUUGUUUUCAACAUAAGCGUUUUUGCUGCUCCACUUUGCAUCAUGAAACGUGUCAUAAAGACGAGGAGUGUGGAAUUCAUGCCUUUCAGUUUGUCCUUGUCUUUGACCAUAAAUGCUGUUAUGUGGUUCUUCUAUGGCCUUCUCCUCAAGGACUACUACAUCGCACUCCCAAAUACUCUUGGGUUUCUAUUUGGCAUAAUCCAGAUGGUGCUGUAUUUGGUUUAUAGAAACGCCAAGCCACAAACAUUGGAGGAGCCAACGAAGGUUCAGGAACUAAAUGGUCAUAUUAUUGACGUUGUGAAGCCAAAUCAUGCAACAAAAAAUGGUCAUGUGCCUGUGAUUGAGAUAGCUAGCAGUGUGUGAAAAUGAAGCAAUAAUGAAUCGAGUCCAAAGAGAAAGAAAAAAAAUGAGGCCCCAAAAUAUUUAAGCUAAAAGUACGAUUAUUACUUAAUUACUUUGCCAAGUGGGGCCUCAUCUUAACGCAAGAACAGUACGUGAAGUUUGGUGUUUAGGGUUCUUUUAAGUAACGUGUUUGCCUCAAUUUGUAGCAAUAAUAUGUUAGGUGGUCAAUUAUGUUAGCAUGAGAGUCUCUCUUUGGCCUCUUCCAUCACUCUCACUGUAGUAAAACGUGUAACAACGUAUCUUCUCUACUUCUUUCAGUGUGUGCCCUUAGUCAAACUCCUCAAUUCUUGUACGCGUAAUAUAUGUUCAUGUGAUGGAAUUAAUUAUUAUUUUACAAAUUAUGCAAUUUAUGAGACUAAAGAGCACACUUUUAUUUGUU